AAUUAAGCCAAGACACAGAACACAAAAACGUAACGAGUUCUUCACAUCUAGAGUUGUCGACAAGUGGAACUGCCUGCCUGAAACCGUCAUACAAAGUGAGAAUGUCAAUCAAUUCAAGAGAAGAUUCGACAAGUACAUGCUAACUAACAAUGAGAGGAGGCAACCCUCAUGAGCCAUCCGCUCCCAUGCCUCCUACUCCUAUCUCUUCGGAUUUGGAGACGGCAUGGUGACCAGCUGAGGAGGCGGCAGUCAGCUGAGCCGAUCGGUCCGCCGGAGGCGGCGUCACGGGAGGUCCGGCGGCCGUCGUCCGAUGCUGCUGUCCAGCCCGGGCGACCAGGUGGAGCGUCUCAGGGGGCUACGCCGCCGGCACCGCUGUCGUCCGCCGUGCGGCCGUCGCAGUCGCGGCCGGGGGCGCUCACUCAGCAGCCGCCUCAGCCCAAUGUUCGGUCGUCGCCGACGCAGCCGGGGGUACCGGCUCAAUCGUCACAUCGGCCGUCGCCCGUCUCCGCCCCGUCGUCACUCGAGCCGGGUGGGCCGCCGCGGCCGUCGGCGGACGUUUGGCCGUCGUCCGCUCCGGGAACGUGUCCGGCGCCGAGCUCACCGGAUGGGACUGGGCCUCAUCCAGAGGUGGCGACAUCUGUGGAGCGGACAUUGCGGCGCUCGACUCGAACGCGGAGAGCGCCUGAGCUAUAUCAGGCAGGGAGUGGGAUGUGAUGGCCUGUUACCUGUACUAGUGCUACGAGGAAGUGCUUAGUUAAGGAAGGGGAGUGUAGUGUAUUGCUCUGCCUUGCUGAGGUCACGGAUCGGUGAGGUCACGGCUGGUCCGUGACGUCAGCGCGUAUGUGAACGUACUGCCGCCGCGUCUGCCCUGGGGCGCUGUGGGGUCGGCCGCGGGCCGGUUUGGGCCGCGGGCCGGUUUGGGCCGCGGGCCGGCAGUGUGCUUGGAGAGCCUGAGACCAGUUCGUUACAAUUAUACUAUGAGAUACUGGUAGUAUUGGUACAGCGGACAGUCAGUCAUUUGCUGGAUUUAGCGUGACUGCUUCUCUCUUUUGCAUGCUAGACAGUGAUUUUCCCUUUUGUUUAUUUCACCUUCCUAGCAGGGAGUGCCGCGACUAUUACAUACUCUUAUGUAUGUCUUGUCUGGUGUUAGGUCAGGUUCUGUGCGUCGCUGGGACUGCGGUGGGGACA